CCUUAAGGCGCAGGCGCACAGUGCUCCCUUAAGUCACGUGAGCGGUGUGGGGGCGGAGCCGGGACAGGGGGGCCGGUUUGUUGUGGUCGCCAUUUUGCUGGUUGCAUUACUGGGUAAUCGGGGCCCUGGCUCGCCGCGUCCACCGGACACCCUCAGCCAGUGGGCAGGUCUGAGCUCGGACUCCCCGAGCAGUUUGCGUCCCCUUACCCACGCCCUCAGGUCUCAGCGGCGGUGGCAGCCGAGGUGCAGGAUGCGAGAAGGCGCCCCCCGGCCGGGCUCCCGCUCCAGGCCUCGCACCCCUGCGGCCCUCUGAGCCCACCAUGGCCGUCCCACCAGGCCAUGGUCCCUUCUCUGGCUUUCCAGGGCCCCAGGAACACACACAGGUGGGAGAUGAAGGCCUGUGCCGCGUCUGCCCCUCUGCACCACAGGUAUUGCCUGAUGUGCGGCUACUGCCUCGGAGACUGCCCCUGGCCUUCCGGGACGCGACCUCGGCCCCCCUGCGCAAGCUCUCAGUGGACCUCAUCAAGACCUACAAGCACAUCAAUGAGGUAUACUAUGCGAAGAAGAAACGGCGGGCCCAACAGGCACCACCCCAGGACUCGAGCACCAAAAAGGAGAAGAAGGUCCUGAACCACGGUUAUGACGACGACAACCACGACUACAUUGUGCGCAGUGGCGAGCGCUGGCUAGAGCGCUAUGAGAUUGACUCUCUUAUUGGCAAAGGCUCCUUUGGCCAGGUGGUGAAAGCCUAUGAUCACCAGACCCAGGAGCUGGUGGCCAUCAAGAUCAUCAAGAACAAGAAGGCCUUCCUGAACCAGGCCCAGAUUGAGCUGCGGCUGCUGGAGCUGAUGAACCAGCACGACACAGAGAUGAAGUACUACAUAGUGCACCUGAAGCGGCACUUCAUGUUCCGGAAUCAUCUGUGCCUGGUGUUUGAGCUGCUGUCCUACAACCUGUACGACCUCCUGCGCAACACACACUUCCGAGGGGUCUCACUGAACCUGACUCGGAAGCUGGCGCAGCAGCUCUGCACGGCGCUGCUCUUUCUGGCCACUCCCGAGCUCAGCAUCAUCCACUGCGACCUCAAGCCUGAGAACAUCCUGCUCUGCAAUCCUAAGCGCAGUGCUAUCAAGAUCGUGGACUUUGGCAGCUCCUGCCAGCUUGGCCAGCGGAUCUACCAGUAUAUCCAGAGCCGCUUCUACCGCUCACCCGAGGUGCUCCUAGGCACACCCUAUGACCUGGCCAUUGACAUGUGGUCCCUGGGCUGCAUCCUUGUGGAAAUGCACACCGGAGAGCCCCUCUUCAGCGGCUCCAAUGAGGUGGACCAGAUGAGCCGAAUUGUCGAGGUGUUGGGCAUUCCGCCCGCGCCCAUGCUGGAACAGGCACCCAAGGCUCGCAAGUACUUUGAGCGGCUGCCUGGGGGUGGCUGGACCCUACGAAGGACAAAGGAACUCAGGAAGGAUUACCAGGGCCCCGGGACACGGCGGCUGCAGGAGGUGCUGGGCGUGCAGACGGGCGGGCCCGGGGGCCGGCGGGCGGGGGAGCCGGGCCACAGCCCCGCCGACUACCUCCGCUUCCAGGACCUGGUGCUGCGCAUGCUGGAGUAUGAGCCCGCCGCCCGCAUCAGCCCGCUGGGCGCUCUGCAGCACGGCUUCUUCCGCCGCACGGCCGACGAGGCCACCAACACGGGCCCGGCAGGCAGCAGUGCCUCCACCUCGCCCGCGCCCCUCGACACCUGCCCCUCCUCUAGCACCGCCAGCUCCAUCUCCAGCUCUGGGGGCUCCAGUGGCUCCUCCAGUGACAACAGGGCCUACCGCUACAGCAACCGAUAUUGUGGGGGGCCCGGGCCCCCCAUCACCGACUGUGAGAUGAACAGCCCCCAGGUUAUACCCUCCCAGCCUCUGCGCCCUUGGGCAGGGGGUGAUGUGCCCCACAAGACACAUCAAGCCCCUACCUCUGCCUCGACAUUGCCAGGGACUGGGGCCCACUUACCCCCCCAACCCCGAUGCCUUGGACGUCCCCCAUCACCAACAUCACCACCACCCCCGGAGCUGAUGGAUGUGAGCCUGGUGGGCAGCCCUCCAGACUGCUCCCCACCUCAUCUGGCACCUGCCCCCCAGCACCCGGCUGCCUCAGCCCUCCGGACUCGGAUGACGGGAGGUCGACCACCUCUCCCACCCCCUGAUGACCCUGCCACUCUGGGGCCUCGCCUGGGCCUCCAUGGCGUACCCCAGAGCACAGCAGCCAGCUCAUGACCCUGCCCCUCCCUGGGGCCCCUCCUGAAGCCAUACCCCCCCAUCUGGGGGCCCUGGGCUCCCAUCCUCAUCUCUCCCCUUGACUGGACUUGCUGCUACCCAGCUGGGGUGGGUGAGGCCUGCACUGAUUGGGGCCCAGGGCAGGGGGUCGAGGGAGAGGGGUUUUGGCCACACCCUCCCCACUAAGACUGGACCCUUGGCCCCCUCUCCCCCCUUGUUUUCUAUUUAUUGUACCAAAGACAGUGGUGGUCCGGUAGAGGGGAGAUUUCCCCUCACCCUAGGGCCCUAGGAGGGGGUGGGGGCAGGUAGGGGGAGAUGGCCUUGCUCCUCCUUGCUGUACCCCCCAGUAAAGAGCUUUCUCACA